AUAUGACGGCUAAAAUUGCUGACAGAAAUAAUAACGAAAUGAUGUUAAGGGGUUCGACGCCUCCGAGUAUUAAAGAGAAAUGUUAUGAUUUAUGUCGUGACUAUUUGGGAGGCGUUUGGCUUAACGUAACCGUCGAUGACAUCGAAGUGAAGCGUCUGAGCGGUGGUCUCACUAAUCAGUCCUAUUAUUGCGCUCUCAAUGAAGACAAGAGACACGACAUCAGCGAAGAUAUACCACAAGAAAUUAUGAAGUACUAUAAGCACAAAUGGUUUGAAAUGAAUGAUCAAAAGAAUCCAAUUCUGAUCCAAGAAUUGGCCCAAAAGUUGGCGAGAAUUCACUCAACUGUUGUUCCCAUAAAAAAGACCGAGAAUUGGAUUUUUAAGUAUUUUGACGACUCGUAUAACAAGGCGUACAAACUGUUUGAUAUCAACGCUCUCAUCAAUGAAUGCAAUUGCAAGACAUUGAAAACACAUGAUUUGAAGCAAGAGUUAGAGUGGAUGAAAGACUUGAUUAUCAAAACAGAUUCUCCGAUGACUUUCAGUCACUUAGACUUUAGAGGAUGUAAUGUUAUGAUCACAGAAACUGAUGGUAUAGUCAUCUGUGACUUUGAGUACGGAUGCUAUGGCUGCCGAGGCUUUGAUUUUGGGUCACUAUUUGGCGAAUGGGGCCGAAAAUGGGGCGAUUUUAUGACUUACGUUGAGUUUCCCGACGACAACACUAUCCGUCCGUUUAUUGAGUUCUAUAUUAAAGAGUCGACGAAAAUAGUGGGCGAAAAGGGUUCGACGCCUCCGAGUAUUAAAGAGAAAUGUUAUGAUUUAUGUCGCGACUAUUUGGGAGGCGUUUGGCUUAACGUAACCGUCGAUGACAUCGAAGUGAAGCGUCUGAGCGGUGGUCUCACUAAUCAGUCCUAUUAUUGCGCUCUCAAUGAACGCCAGAGAAACGACAGCAGCGAAGAUAAACCACAAGAAGUUCUCAUUAGAUUAUAUCAAGAAAAGCAUUUUAAUAAUUCAGAAAAUGAAAGAUUUAACGACACUAUUAUUUCUACGAUUAUGUUUGAAAAUGGUUUGGGACCCAAAGUCAUGUUCUUCAUUAAAUUAAAGCACAAAUGGUUUGAAUUGAAUGAUCAAAAGAAUCCAAUUCUGGUCCAAGAAUUGGCCCAAAAGUUGGCAAAAAUUCACUUAACUGUUGUCCCCAUAAAAAAGACUGAGAAUUGGAUUUUUAAAUAUUUUGACGAUUCGUAUAACAAGGCAUACAAACUGUUUGAUAUCAACGCUCUUAUCGAUGAAUGCAAUUGUGAAACAUUGAAAACACAUGAUUUGAAACAAGAGUUAGAGUGGAUGAAAGACUUGAUUAUCAAAACCGAUUCUCCGGUGACUUUUACUCACUUAGACUUUAGAGGAUCUAAUAUUAUGAUCACAGAAACUGAUGGUAUAGUCAUCUGUGACUUUGAGUACGUCUGUUAUGGCUGCCGGGGCUUUGAUUUGGGGGCACUAUUUGCCGAAUGGGGCCGAAAAUGUGGCGAAUAUAUGGCUUACGUUGAGUUUCCCGACGAUAACACUAUCCGUCCGUUUAUUGAGUCCUAUAUCGAGGAGUCGAUCGAUAUAUUUGAGGAAAAGUUUACAAACGAUACACGAAAUACAUUUCAACACAUUUUGAAAGAGACAAAAAAACCACUCGAACUACAUCACUGCAGUAAAUUUCGCAAUUCCCACUUAGAAUCUAAGGUGUGUUUCACUAUGUGGUCAAAUUUACUAUUAAUUAUAAUGGUGGGAUUAUUGGUGCACGAGUCGACUGCGGGACCCUUUACUUAUGGCGCCUGUCAGACCGCAUGUAACGCUGGUUGGGUAUUGUGCUGCUCGAUCGGCGGUGGUGUAGCCGGUACGUAUACGGUGGUAGGCGCGGCAGCGGUCUUGGCUGAGUGUAGCAAAAUUCAGGGCGCAUGUAUGGCAGCCCUUAUCCGACAACUUUCAUGCGAUUCCGCAAUUUUUAAGCUGCAGAGGGGCUCAACGCCCGACUCUAUACAAGACAGUUGUUUUCUAUUAUGUCGUGAAUAUUUGGGAGGCGUUUGGCUUAACGUAACCGUCGGUGACAUCGAAGUGAAGCGACUGAGCGGUGGUCUCACUAAUCAGUUAUACUAUUGCGCUGUCAAUGAAGACAAGAGAACUAUUAAUGAUAAUGUGCCCCAAGAAGUGGCAAUUCUAUUGUAUCAGAACAAACAUUUCAAUCAUUCAGAUAUUAAUGGCAUCGAGAGACUAACGGAUGUGAUUAUUGCACAGUCAAUGUCUGACAAGGGUUUGGGACCCAAAAUAUAUGGACUCUUUGCAAGCGGACAAAUCCUCAAGUAUUACAAACACAGAAGUUUCCGAGUAGACGAACAAAAGAACCCAAAACUGGUCCGAGAAUUAGCACAAAAGUUGGCUCGACUUCACUCAACAUCGGUUCCCAUAAAGAAGUUCUCGAAUUGGAUUCCAAACUAUUUCGACGAGUAUUACUCCGAAGCGAACUCACGGUUUGAAUUGCAAACACUUUACGAAGAAUGCAAUUGUGAGACAUUUAAGACACACGACUUGGACACAGAGUUAGAGUGGCUCAAGAAGUUGAUCGUCGAAACUGAUUCUCCGGUGAUGUUUACUCACGUCGAUCUCAGGGGCUCUAACAUUAUGGUCACCGAAACGGAUGGUAUAGUUUUGUGUGAUUUUGAGUACUCGUGCAAUGAUUACCGGGGCUUUGAUUUUGGCACACUAUUUACGGAGUGGGACGUCGGUUAUGAGUGGGGUGUCGGAGGGUUUACCGAUGACAACAAUAUUAUACCAUUCAUUGAGUCCUAUAUCGAGGAGUCGGUGAAGAUUGUCGGCCAAGACUUUGCCAGAGAUGAGAGAAAUUCAUUGAAACAUAUUAUGAAAGAAGUGAAAGUGACCACUGAAAACAUUUAUAAGAACGGGCUC